AUCAACUCAGCUGCCACGUAACUCCUCGAUUGGCCAGUAAGUGGCGCUGCGGCCUGGCCGGAUCGUCAGCGCCGGCAGAAGAAGGACAGGCUGCGUCUGCGACUAGGCCAUGGCGGGGCAGCAAGGCAGAGAGCCCGCGAAUUAUAUCGCGCGCCUCUCGGAGUGGGCAGACGCCCACCUCACCCUCAUCCGGAAUAUCAGCACAGGAAUGGCAAUCACUGGAGUAAUUUUACUUGCAAAGAGUGUUAGGUUGACAACCAAAUUCUCAAAUGCUUUGGAAAUACCAAUAGAAUUUAUAGAGAAGAAUGUUAAGCUACGGGGACGGUUACACCAGAUAACUGAGCAAGGAUUAGAAAUCGAACAUGUUCCCAUUAUCCUUCCGAUAAUUUCAUCACUUCAGAGGAGAUGGCAUACAGAUGGUUUACUGCUGGUCAGGCUUGCUGGUGUGGAGCUAACACCAGAUGGUACCGUCUGGUUAAAGAAAGAGUUAAAACCCUCCCAAAUGAUGUGGUUCCAGCUUCUUGGAAGGAAGGAUUCAAUACUUGAUUGCUAUGUGGUGGUCAAUAAGGGCAGGUUUUCAAGCAUCUGUCUGAAUGAAGAAAUCCUGAGACAAGGGCUUGGCAGGGCUGUUCAGGUUGAAGGACUGACUCAUGAAUCCCGGAUAUACUGGAAGCUCCACAAGAGACUACUCCAAGCUGAACUGAAAGCCAUGAAGAGAAAUAAAGGGAUCUGGAAAGAAGCAACAUUAUUUGAGAAACUUAGAGAGCAUAUAAAUAACAAUAAAUACAUGCAGAAGCUAAAACAGUUUGCAACAUGGCUAAAAAUUCGUCUCUGAAACCAAAAGGUUUCAUUUGGGGGAAGAAGACACCAGAUGGACAAGGCAGUGACUUGUUACGUUUUUCCUUCUGCCACAAUAGUAUUCCAAGCUGAUGUCUGACCAUCUGUUGGUGACUCCUGUCUCAUGGGAAAAGAAGACAGAAAAUAUCACAGAAACAUUCCUGGGGGGGGGGGUGGUGAGAGUGGGAAUAGUGGCAUAUGAUCUGGUUAGAUAUCAGAUUGAUGUGGUGUGAAUAUGAGAUUUUUUAAAACAAAAAGAAGCGCACAAGGCUAGGCUAUGUAAUGGCCCAGUGAGAGAAGAAAAAGCCUCACUGAACAGAGGGAGAGAUAUAAAUAAUAACCUACAACACCACAGAUUUCUAGGUGCUGUGCAAAAAUGAAAAAUAAAACAAGCUUAACUGUUAAA